CUGUGUCCUUCGCCAUGCUGCGCUCGGCGCCGCCCGGCCGCUACCUGUACCCCGAAGUGAGCCCGCUGUCGGAGGACGAGGACCGCGGCAGCGAGAGCUCGGGCUCCGACGAGAAGCCCUGCCGCGUGCACGCGGCGCGCUGCGGCCUCCAGGGCGCCCGGAGAAGGGCCGGGGGCAGGCGGGCGGGGGGCGGCCCGGGCCCCGGGGGGCGGCCGGGCCGGGAGCCCCGGCAGCGGCACACGGCGAACGCACGCGAGCGGGACCGCACCAACAGCGUGAACACGGCCUUCACGGCGCUGCGCACGCUCAUCCCCACCGAGCCCGCCGACCGCAAGCUCUCCAAGAUCGAGACGUUGCGCCUGGCCUCCAGCUACAUCUCGCACCUGGGCAACGUGCUGCUGGUGGGCGAGGCCUGCGGCGACGGGCAGCCGUGCCACUCGGGGCCUGCCUUCUUCCACGCUGCGCACGCCGGCAGCCCCCCGCCGCCCCCCGCCCGCGACGGCGAGAACGCCCAGCCCAAGCAGAUCUGCACCUUCUGCCUGAGCAACCAGAGAAAGCUGAGCAAGGACCGUGACAGAAAGACAGCCAUUCGGAGUUAGAGGCCGUGCCACUGGGCCGUCCUCGGAGAGCCCCCACGGACCUGACUCGGGCACAGGCCUCCCAGGAGGGCGCCCACCAGGCCUGCUCGCCUCCGGCUAGGAAUGGGGCCGGGCCGAUGGACAGACAGGCGGCGGCAGGACUCUGAGCUGGCUACAGCACUUGCCCAGGCCCACUGGAACUUUCCUGCUGGCUCCCUACCUGGGUUUUCUUCUGGUCACUACAUGCUGGCAUCUCGUGUCUUUGAUAUGAUAAUAUAAAGUCUGGAAAUUUUGUAUAAUUAAAAACGAAACAAUAUCUUCCAAAUGUGGAAGCACACUGUCCUCUCCAAAGGUCCCAAAUCCAGCCUGAACCCACACUCCCACCCCUCAGGCUGUCUGUUUUUAUGUCCAGUCCUCCCUGGGCCGGAGACACCCCAGUUCUCAGGGAAGGCCCCCACCGUCCAGGCCUCAGAGCCAUCCCCUCUCAGGCCCAAAGCAGAGAGGGGUCUCCUGCCAGGGAACUGCCCUGGGGGCCGAAGGAGCCCAGCGAGGGGAGAAGAGGGCAAGAGGGAGCCACACGGCAGGAACGGGCGGGAUGCAGCCGGCCCUGGGGUGGGAGAGCGGUCCUGCCCCCGCUCAGGGCCUGCUUGGCACCCAGGCACCCCUGAAGUGGUGAGGAGGGCACAGCUCGCAGCACCCCGUGCAGGACCUCAGGGCCUCGGCACUUUAGCCUCUGCCCUCGGAAGCCCCAAGAAGUAGAGUCAUGGGGGAGCUGAGCAAGGCGCACUGCCUGGCAGAGUGGAUUCCCAGGCCUGAGGGCAGGGGCCAGGUGGCAGCCGCCUGUGUGCACCCCUGGGGUUACACCCAUCGGGCUUGCCCUGCCCCAGCCCCACACUCAGCCCCUUGCGGCACUGCCCACACUGGGAGGACCCUGGCUGCCCACCACUGUGCCCAACCAGCUCCCCCAAAAGCCCAUCUGUCUGUGAGGAGGUUAGCUCAGGCCCCUCCCUGAGCUGUGCACAGCUGGCUCACCAUUAAAAUCCUGCAGGUGACAAUUAUAGUUGAGUGGUGUGAGCUCCGCGGGCACAGCAGAGAAGAAAGGCGGGGGUGGCCCUGUGUGGGCCACCUCCCCCCACCAACCCAGGCGGCCAGCAGCCUGACUUCCGGCCAGCCGGUGGGGAAUGGCCAAGGGCGCCAGGUGCCAGCACUGGGCCCUCCCAGCCCUCAGUGCAGGCUCAGGCCCCCACUGACGCACCCUCUUGGGCCUCCGGGGAGCAGCCAGGUGCUGAGGCCCACGUGGGCACCCCAGCAGGGCAGGGCGAGAGCUGCCCCCUCCUCUGUGCUGCCGGGCUCCAGGGAACCUCGAGGCAGGAAGCAGUGGUGUAAUUUUGGAGGAAAUUCUCAAAGCCAGAGCCAUUAAGGGUAAGAGGGGGGCUGUGUCCAAUCUGAUAGAAAUAUAACAGGAUAAAAAGUCACAGCGGCAGGUCCCACUCAGAGAAACCCAACCCCAAAUUUCCUCUCCUUAAUCCUGCAGGAGCCUACAGCUGGCCGAGGGAGGGGAGGAGGGGGCAAGCUCGGUCACUGCAGAAGCCCCCACCCCCGCCCGCCUGGGGAGCCAGGGGCUGCGGAGGUCCAGCUGGGGGCUGAGAAAAGCACCCCUUCCCCUCCUGGGACCCCAGGACACUGGGAGGGAGGGCACGACCUGGGGGAGGUGUCAGCAGGCAGGUGCCCCAGGGUCUCCCAGGCGGCCUCCCAAUCCACUGGGCAGCCUGCAGUCUGUGGGAGGCUCCAUGGCCCACCUGCCCCUCACUGACUGACCUCACGUUUCCAACCUGGGCCCGGAUUGGGGGUGCAAACUUCCCUCAUUAAACCCCCCAAGAGAACAGGUACCCGUGUGGGCACACACCUCAUGGUCAUGGAGUGGCCCUGGCUAGCUGCCAGCAGACAGGAAGGGGUGGGGGGCAUGCACAGAGUAAGGCCGUGAGAGGGGGACAGGCUGCAAAGGCUGGAGGGGCACAGGCGUCGAGGACCCUCGCCUGGAGCCCAGUGCAGGAGGCGACGAUGUGUACGGACGGAGCUGGCAAGUCGGUGGGAGGACGGCCUCUGGGAGGGUCCCCAGGGCCCAGCUGGUUGGGUGCAUGCGGGCCAAGCACUGCUGCCUCGCCUGUGACUCCCAACAGCGGCUGCAGCUUGGCCGGCCUCGGGCCUGGGCAGCGGGCCCGGCUGCUCCCUGCGCUGCACCGGUAGCAGCCGCGGCCGAGGGCCGGGACCGCCAGCCAGCAGGAGCGGGAGGGUCGGGGCGGGGAGGAGCUCUCCGUCACCCUCCACUGCUCCAGAAAUUCAAACCAGACUGGGGGUGGCUCAGGCGGCCCCACACAAGUCCACUUGGCUACCACAGCGCUAGGCUGGGGUGGCAGGUGCUCCCCACCCACUGCAGCCCUGCAUCCUUCCCAGAGCGCUGGCCUUGCCUCCACCAUGCCGAGCGAGGCCAGGGACAAAGACCCCGGGCUGUCCGCGUGCCCCACAAGGCACCCUGGGCCAGCAGCCGCCCCCUGGGCCAAGCUGGGCUGGAAACACUCUGCUUGCCUGGGCUGUCAGCUCCCUGUCCCCAGCCGGGGAAUGAGGUGCUGGCGGCCACAUGAUUCAUCACCAGGCCAACUGCGCCCGCCCGCCGGCCGGCCGGCCCCCACCCCGCUCAGCACCUGCGGGCUGCCAGGAAGCACAUGUGACCCCUCCAGGUCAGGCACUGUGCUGGGAGCCCCGGCGGGCGACCGCAGGCAUAGACAGCCCCCGGCCAAGCUCUCCUGGGGGCUGCUCUGCCCCAAGGGCCAGCCUGUGGGAUGAGCCGACAGGGCCCCACCCCCGACGGCACCGGACACAGGCGGCCACAGGCUGCUGUGGGGCUGUGACGGUUCCGCUCUCGCUGGGCCGCCCCUCCCCCUCCCCAAAGUGGCUGCAGCUGUCAGGACCGUAGAUUGGAACUGCAGGUACGCGCUGGCCCGCUGCCACCUCCCUCCCGUGUCUGUCUGCGAGAGAGGAAGCCGGCCCACCUCUGGAAUCCUUCACUCGCUCCUCGUUCCCUCUCCCACCUGUCCCCGGGGAGCGUGGGGUCAGCCGCCCUCUCUCGCUCGCUCUCCUUCCCUGGCCCCUCUCCGAUUACAAUGCCGGCAGUGUUCGCUCAGCUCCCUGCACGGAGCUCCCGCCUGUCUCCGAACCACUCGGCCCUCCUGCGCCUCCAUGUCCCCUGCUCCUCCCGGUGUUCAAUCUCUGUCAGAGUGCAUGGCCAGAGGAGGCGGCCGGGUGCCCAGGGCUCACCUGCUGCAGCUGAACCCACAGAAGGUUCCAGCAGGAUGAAUCCUGGUUGUCAGCAAAGGGAAGAAAGCCAGGUCCUGCCCUAAAGGCCAGAGCCAGCUGAGGGGACCCAGCAGGGGACAGGCCAAAAGCAGAGCCCACUGGCUGUAGCCGGCUGGGCUAGGGUGGGCCAGGUGGGGUGCUUGGAACCGUCUCCCAAGCCUCCUCCCCAAGACGCAGGCAGCUCUGCAGAGGCCAGCACGGACAUCCCCAGCUCCAUCUGUCUGCCCCUCACAAAAGCCAUGCUGGCCAGGCCUACCCCGGAGCCAUCAGACACUUGUGGGCACGAGGCGCUUUGCUGUCACUGCUCAGCCCCCUCCCAGCACCUCCACGACUGUGGGGGAGCCAGCCUGCCCCCACAGGGCCCACAGGAUGGGAGAAGGCAGGGGUCCUCCCCUGCUCCCAGGUCCUCAGACACCCAAGCCCCACCCACCUGUCCCUCUCCUGGGGCUGACCAGGAUCCAACAGGGGCACCCUGGCUCUCAGCUUCCUGCAGGCAAGGAGUGCUGAGGGUGGGUGCAGGGCCCCUUGCUGAGUGGCAAUGGCCUGUUCUGAGCCCCAUUAUUCAAUGACAGAGCUGUUGCUUCCAGCUGGGCCUGGUCCCGGAAGCUCCACACCUGUCCCCAGCCGCCCCCCAAGCUCCUUCUGGCCCACACACAGCACCCCUGUCCCUGUGGCCCUCUUUCCCCAGCAAGACAGCCCUGGCCUGGGACACGGGCCCAGUCCCUGGUCUGCAGCCAGCACCCUCCACUCAACGUUCCCAACAGAGCUUGCCCUCCAAGCACCGCACCUCCAGC